AUGGCUGUGUGUGCGCGGCCCUGCUGCGGGGACAGGCGCGUCAGGCCCGCCCGGAGCCCGGCGCGCGGCCCCGGCCCCGCCCAGCGCCGCCCCUCCCAGCUAGCUCCGCCCCCCCAGCCGAAGAAGAAAAGCAAACGCCAUCGCUCUGCCACAAAAUGGCGGCCGUGCCGCACCCGCCUGCGGCACCGAUCCCGCCGCGGCGCGCACCGAGCGGAACGGAGAGGCGACAACGCCAGCCAGGAGCCCGCGGGCCGGCCGGGCACACAGCAGAAGCGCCCCGCAUCGCACACGCUCCGCUUCCCCCGUGCUCCGCUCUGCGAGGAAGCUUUUACGAACCUGGAGGUUUUACGAACCUGGGCUGUGGGUCUCGGUGCAGGCCGAGCCGGACGGUUGCUCUGUGCGGCACGGCAGAUGAUCGGUGAAUCGGUCGGGCAGAUACGUCCUCCCCGGGCGACAGACGGCUCCGACUGCUGCGCAACGCCGGGGCUGCACCGCGAAAUGGAGGCGGCCCCGCGCGUCAGCACCGCCCCGCGCGGCGAUUGGCGGAGGCGGCGGCCACGCCCCUCCCCGGGGAAUCCAGGUGCCUCCCACCCCUCUGCAUCUGUUGCUAGGAGGGUAUCUCCUGGAAGCUCAGAGGCCUUUUAUUCAGGCUAGGCUAAAUUCGUGUUACAAGGCUGGCCUGAUCAUCCUUUGCUCCUCUGGGCUGUGCUGCUGAGAGGAAGGAAAAUGAACUCCCUAUCUGGUGAAAAAUGCUCUCCAUGAUCCUAGCUCCGCUGUCUGACUGAGAUGGAAGUAUGGACAUAAAGCACGGGCUCUGGCAGGCAGCUUCAUGGAAGAGGAGGAGCAUGACUCGGGCAAAAUACUGAUGGGCUCUGCACUCAAAGUGACCAAACUGUAUACACAGGGAAAUUUGAAGUGUUCCCGACAGCUGCACUGGGGCUUCAAUCCUAUUUUGGGUUGGGUUGUUGUUUUUUGGUUUUUUUUCCCAAAGCUAUAACAAAAAAGGAAGAAAAAGGAAAUCAAGAAGAGCAUUUUAAAAAAAUCAUUCCCUAUUUAAAGAAAAGACAAUUUUAAGUUGUUUUGUUUUGUUUUGUUUUGUUUUGUUGUUUUGUUUUGUUUUACCAAAUCCUUUUCACAUUCAAGGAAGAAAACUGUGGUUUUAUGCUUAAACUGACAUCCUUAAUUUCAAAGGUAAAGGUAGCCAUGGCUAUGUAAUAGCUGGGUGCUUCAUGAUCUAGGCUCCACACUCUAGUAGAUAGGUAGGUACACAGAUGAAAAUUCAGGCAAGAUCUGUGAAGCACCAGCCACAAGACAAUAUCACAUAAGCUCCUGAAAGAGGGAAAAAAAACCCUCACCAAAUGAUUAUGCUCCGUUUUUGUUAAGCACAUUUUUAACUUCAACAGCUAAAUAACAUAGCGGCUCACAGCUGCUUUAUUUAAGGUUUCAUUGAUCUUACUCUGUUGGGAGCUUAUAAUGAAUACCAGAUCCCAUAUCCCUUAUAUUUUCUAUGGAGACAGGCAGAAGGAAAACACUUAAAACAAGGCAAGCUUUCUUUGAGAAGCAGGGGAGGGUGGGAAUCCCCCUCAAGCAGUAAUAUUCUCCUGCUCCCUCACCAGACUAAAAAGGAGACACAUAAAAGUUAUAAAUAACUUUUCUUGGUUAUGGAAGCCAAUAAAAUAAGAAAGAUCUUUUGGACUUUAAAGAGCAAAAAAAAAAUGUACUUCGUGGUUUUCAAAAUUUCAAAGGAAACUGCAUCAAUUGCCCAGAAGGGCAGAGUGUUUAGAGAAUUUAUUAACUCAGUCAUUAACCUGGGUAGCAAAGCAUCUCCCCUGUGCCCUGGGAGAUCACGUUUGGGUUGCAGUGUCACUCCUGCCACUGCUGGAGAGAGACUGAUAAGAGUGCUUUCUCUUGCCCCAUUUACAUCCCUUCCUUACCCCCUUGGCUUCAGGUUAGCAAUAAGAUGCUGCUGGUGGGUUUGUGCUCCUGGGGGAAGGUCAAAAUGCAAUGGUGACAGGCAUCCUCAGAAACUACAAAAAGUAAUCCCAGGUGUAAAGUGAAGAUGACUUCACACAAAUGCAGAACAGAGGGAGAAGCAAAGAAAGAAAAACAUUUCAUCUCCCUGAAUUUCUCAUAAUUGUCUUUGCUAAUUGCAUGAGGAAGCUAAAAGGCAUUCAUUCUUGCUUCUCAACUCACUGGGACCAGGACCAGCCCAUUAAUUGAUAAACCAACCAAAACGGCAACACACUUUGUUCCCUAUUGCACUAGUAAGCAAGAAAACCUUAUUCCAGCGCCUCGGAGGAACAGCACUGCAUGCCUCUGCACCCAGACCACUCCCACACUCCACUGCAUUUUUACCACUUUGUUCUGAAAUUCCUAAUUUUGCUGCCAAAAUUCAGCAAAGAAGAAACCUCCCUGCACGACUGCCAGAGUCCCCACUGACCUUUCUUAGGUUGGGACAGCAGGGCCUCCAUUUGAUACCCGAGGGCAGGGCCCUGACUGGUUUAUCUCAAACCCAUUCGCCACAGGGCAGAGGAAGAAGAGAGUGAUUAAGUAGCAGGUGCUACCCUUGGCUUUAGGCUCCACGAUAAGAACAAUCAACAUCUCUGAAUUACCAUUUCAGUCAUUCCCUUCGGGCACAGCCUGGCUAGAAUAAAGGGGCCAUCCCUCGGUCACCAUAUGCAGAACAAACAGGAGCUCACAGCUAAAGCAGAGGUCUGCAAGAAGACAUGGGGAAGGCUUCCUUAAAAGCAUUUGUCUCCCUGCCUGCAACACAACGUCUGGUAUGACCUGGAGGUUACUUCAGUUUUCUGUGCUUUUGUUUUUUCCCCCUCUCCAUCAACAAGGGCAGUGUGGGCCUUCCCACCCACAGAGAUGCCACAAAGAUAAAAUCCCCAGUUGUUUGUAAAACUGUUGAAAAAAGCACAGGGAGGCAAUAAGAGAAAUACUGAAGAGUUUCACUAACAAAUCAACUAUUUUAAAGCUUCCUGGAGGAAGCAAUUAUUUGGAGCCAAGUUACAUUUAUGAGGGGAAGCAGACUGUAGGAUGGCAAAAACUCUAUCUUGCAGAGCUGAACCUAGGAUAAUAAAUCUCCAGGAAACAGCCAUUACAGGGACAUUUCUGCCAUUCUGUGCAGGCAGCUCAUGGAGAUGGAGGAAAGUUGUGCAAGUUUGGAGUCCUGUCACUCACAGGAAGCCCUAUACUGCCCUGCAGCACCCAGGGAGAAGAGCGAGAAAUGGGAAACACAGCAUAUCCACACCCUUGGGUACCCUGCUUCCACUUCUGGCUCCCAUCCAGGAGCUGGCUCCCUAGGAAAACUCUGCUACUCCCAAAUCUGGCCCCUGCUCUUCUCAACAUGAGGAGACUUUAAAUGUGGGUUUAAAGAUGAACAUUACAUACCUUCUAAUUAUAGGUAGCAUGUUAGCCCUUCUUAGUGGAGGAUCUGCGAUGGGCAGAGCCGGGGCAGAAGCAAAUCCAGCAAAGCAGCCAGCAGCUCUGCCCAGUCCAGCCAACAGCUGCCAUGGACCUGUCAGGAAGGUCAUGCACUGCCACUGCCAGCUGUCCCACCUGCCCUCUCACCCCCAACUGCCACUGAACCUGAUGAAUAAGACAGGUCUCCCUGGUGCUCUCAGGUAUUCAGAGGAUGUUCCAGCCCACAACAGCUGCCCCUUCCUUCCCUGAGGGCCUCAGCUCUGUGCCCAGUGAUGCUUGGCUGCUCGAGCCGCUGGGUGCUGUGGUUUGAUACAUGUGGGGACAAGGGAGAGCAUGUCUGUCCCAUGAAGUGGGUCUCCCAGCCUCAUUGGGACACACGAGUCUGGAAGAUAAACCGUGCAUGCCACACAGAGCUGCUAAACUCAGUGUGAUCUCAAACACCAACCACCAGAAGAGCCGCCAGAUCAGAGGGGCACGUCUGGACAAGGAGUCAAGGGUGUUUGUGCCUUGAAUACCAGAACCAGUCUGUGCCCUCUUGCCCCAAAUUCUGUUUUUUUUCCUCACUGGUGUAACAUGAAAAGCCUGAGCUAUGUCCCACAGAUGCACCAUGGGCUCAGCAUGGACCACAUGACAAAGAGCUGUCAAAGAACACCUUAUGCCAAGGUACCCUAAGGGAUGCUCAGCUCUGCCUGUGUCUCACAGAAGGUUAAGGUGAGGAGUUUGCUGGUAAACGUCAUUGUCCUGCAAAAAGGAACAGAGAGAUUUGGGAAGUCCAUUGCGUGUGCUUUCCCAUCCCUUCUCCUGCACCCCAGCUUGGUCCCAAGAGAGACCGUUCAGUUUUGCCAAGUACCACAACAGAUGAGGAAUGGGGGCUGGCAGUGUGCCCUGGCCAGACUCUCCAGCGACAGCACCGUAAGGAGCUCUCUGCUCGGCCUUGGCAAGUGAGGAGUGUGCUAACGCUUUGUGAAGCACGGGGCUGGUUGGCACGUAGCCUGCUGGCAUUCUGCUUUCGGGAGGGAGAAUCUGCAUUUUCACGACACCCUUAAAAACAAGUCAGCGGCUGGGGGAGCUCUUAGUGCAGGGGAGGGUCCCGGCAGGGGCAGAGCUGCAGUACCGGAAGGGCAAAGCUUUCCGAUGGUGGCGCUGCGGACGCGGCCCUGAGCAGGGACCGAGCCGCUCCGUCCUGGCGCUGGGCAGAAGAGCGGAGCUGCUCCGGGGCCGCGGUGCUCCCGGCUCUGCGCCCCCGGCCAAUCCGCGUGUACCGAACAGCCUGCCUGCGAGCCAAGCAGUGCAGUGCGCCGGCUGGCAGGACGCCUGGUGUGGGCAGUAGCCCAUCUAUGCCCUUUCCUGAGCGAGUUUCUCGAAGAGGCUUUAUGGCGGGGUCAGUCUUUGUGACGGGGCUGCUUUUCUGGAGCAGAGAUGUUCCUGUGUGCCCUGGCCUUUUUGCCCUUCCGCCAAAGGGCCAGCUGUCAAGGAAGAUUGCCCAGACCACCCACCUCAGGCUGGCUUCCUUCAGGCUUGUCUCCUACAGUUUUUUCUCAUUGCCAGUACAAACCAGAGGUGACAAAUAAUUUCCAAUGUGUCACGAAGGGCACAUUCCUGGCUGCCAGAACUGCUGUGGCAGGAGAUCAUCAUCCAGUGAAAAACAAUAAUUAAAAACAAUUCCUGGAGGCCAAUUACUCCCAUGUGUCAACUGUCUGGUACAGGAAGGUAUGCAAAGACCAGGGAGCUCCAGUUUUGCAGUAGUAAAAUUACAGUAAGAUUUGCUUGCUGUUUGGGAAUAAUUUUUGGAACAAAUGGAAAUAGGAGGAAGGUAGAUGUCACCCCUUUCCUUCUCUUUAACCUGGCUGUUCCUUCCCAAAGAAUAAAAGUAAUGUCUAUAAUUAAACAAAAAUCUUAACAUCUUUGAAGCCUGCUUUGAACAAGCUGGACAAAAGGAUCUCCUCUCUCCUUCCCUUCCCUAUUGCAUUACUGAUAGAUUCUGUUAAAAGAAAGGAACACUCAUUAGUACACUUGGCAGAAAAGGCAGUUACCUUAGUUUUUGAAGCAAAACAAACAUUAAUAAAAAUAGUAAUGAACUGUA